AUGGCUGCUUCGCGGAUUGGAAGGAGGCUGGAGGAUUCCCAGGUCUACCUGUUUGGUGACCAGACCUUCGACAUAACCCCGGGGCUGGCUGCCCUCCUGCACCGCUCUCAUGAGCCGCUGCUGAAGGCGUUCUUGGACGGCGCCUACCAGACCCUCCGCACCGAGGUCAGGAAGCUUCCCAAGACGAAGCAGGCGCCGUUUCAUCCUUUCAACAGUGUGCAGGAUCUGCUGGCCAUCCAUCGCAGCGGAAAACUGCACCCUUCUCUGCACGGCGCCUUAGUAUGCAUCUAUCAACUGGCCUCCGUGAUCAGCGAGUGCGCCCAAAAUGGUGGCCUGUUUUCGCAUUCCAAUCCGUGCUUGAUUGGAUUGUGUACGGGGUCACUGGCAGCUGCGACGGUCAGCUGCUGCAGAACGCUGUCGGAGCUGGUGCCCACGGCAAUUCAUACCGUGGGUGUUGCCUUCCGCGCGGGAUGGCGCGCAGUCGAAGUCGGGCAGUCGAUCGAGCAGGCGCCGGACGGUGCUCCUUUGCCUUGGUCGCUCAUCGUCUCGGGGCUCUCGCCAGACGGUGCGGACAAAGCUUUGGAUCGUUUUUGUCGCCAGCACCAUCUUCCUCCCGCAUCGCAACCUUAUGUCAGUGUCACAGCAGAACACAGUGUAACCAUCAGUGGACCUCCUUUGGCCCUGCGCGCCUUGCGCCAAUCUGAGCUUUCCUCCUUUCGGGUAUGGGAAUCUCCGGUGUAUGCGCCUUUCCAUACCUGGCGCCUGUUCAGCAAGCAUGAUAUCGAGCAGAUUUUAGAAUCGACAUCACCCGAACAGUGGUCCAACCGCAUCGCGUGUUCUCCUGUUCUCUCCAGUUCCUCGGGGAAAGUCGUAUCUGCUCGCAGCUACCGAGAUCUGUUAGAAGUCGCCCUGGAGGAUAUCCUUCUACGCCCGAUUCGCUGGGAGGAUCUGGUGUACGGAGUUUCCUAUUUUUCCCAGUUCAGCAGGGACUCUCAUAUCACUCUUCAUCCCAUCGGGACCAAUGCCGAGAAAGCGCUGUGUGCGGCGUUGAAACAGCAAGGCUACAGUCCGGUGAUAUCAUCCGAGUCUCGACCUGAAUUGCAAGAGUUCCAAUCCGCCUCAUUUAAGACCCCCUCGGGCAGGUCCAAAAUUGCAAUCGUUGGCAUGUCUGGGAGGUUUCCCGAGGCCGAAGAUCUCGACGCAUUUUGGCAGGUCCUUUUCCGGGGACUUGAUGUCCAUAAGACGGUGCCUCCAUCGCGCUGGGAUGUCUCCACGCACGUCGACCCGACAGGCAGAAGGAAGAACACAAGCCGCACUCCGUAUGGGUGUUGGCUGAACAACCCGGGACUCUUUGACGCCAAGUUCUUCAACAUCUCCCCGCGAGAAGCGCCUCAAGUGGAUCCGGCCAGCCGCAUCGCCUUAAUGACGACUUACGAGGCAAUGGAGCAGGCUGGAAUGGUUCCGGGAGCCACUCCGUCGACGCAACCAGAUCGCGUUGGAGUCUUCUAUGGUGUGUCCAGCAAUGAUUGGAUGGAAAUGAAUAGUUCCCAAGACAUCGACACCUAUUUCAUCCCAGGGGGCUGUCGUGCAUUUGUCCCGGGACGGAUCAAUUAUUUCUUCAAAUUUAGUGGCCAGAGCUGUAGUGUUGAUACGGCUUGCUCAUCCAGCCUUUCCGCUAUCCACAUAGCCUGCAAUGCGCUGUGGCAAGGCGAUGUGGAUACUGCCAUUGCCGGGGGCACGAAUGUGCUCACAAACCCCGCCUAUACGGCAGGCCUCGAUCGGGGCCAUUUUCUUUCCCGGAAGGGGAACUGCAAUACAUUUGACGAGAUGGCAGAUGGCUAUUGCCGCGGAGAAGCCAUCGCUACGGUCAUUUUGAAACGUCUCGAGGACGCCGUUGCCGAUCGUGACCCGAUCCUUGGAGUCAUCCUCGGUGCCUAUACCAACCAUUCGGCAGAAGCGGAGUCAAUUACCCGGCCACAUUGCGAUAUUCAAAGAGCGGUUUUUACCAAGAUCCUAAACGACGCCGGUGUGAACCCGUAUGACGUUAGUUAUGUCGAAAUGCAUGGAACAGGGACACAAGCGGGUGAUAUCACCGAGAUGAACUCCGUGCUGCAGACAUUUGCUCCCACGGCCGGCGCAACGGGACGGAACGACAGCCAAGCUCUAUACCUCGGAUCCGUCAAGGCGAACGUUGGACAUGGCGAAGGGGCAGCUGGAGCUACCAGUCUCGCUAAAGUGCUCUUGAUGCUCAAACACAACACCAUUCCGCCCCAUUGCGGCAUCAAAUCCCAAAUCAACCCAAGAUUCCCGACAGACCUUGACGAAAGAAAGGUCUUCAUCGCCAGAAAACCCGUUCCUUGGCUAAAACGAUCGGAUAAUAGACCUCGCCGAGUGUUCGUCAAUAAUUUCAGUGCGGCGGGUGGAAACAGUGCUAUUCUGGUGGAGGAUGCUCCCGUUGUGGCUCCUCGUGAUGGAACGGAUCCCCGGUCUUCCCACGUCGUUGCCGUCUCCGCAAAAUGCGCUACGUCUCUGAGGAAGAACGUCCAAUCGCUCCUGUCGUUCCUUGAUAGCACUCCGGCAGAUCAAGUUUCCUUACCGGCGUUGUCCUAUACGACCACCGCUCGUCGGCUCCAUUAUCCCCAUCGAGUAGUUGUAUCUGGUUCAAGCCUUGAAGAGGUCAAGUCAAAGCUUGGCCAGGCGUUAGCCCGUGGCGACGGGACCGUCCGGCCGAAAUCAGCACCGCCAGUCACAUUCGCCUUUACUGGAAAUGGAUCGCAGUAUCCUGGCAUGGGGAAGCAGCUGUUUGAGAAUAUCCCUUCUUUUCGGUCGGAUCUUAUCCAUCUCGAUCAGAUCGUGCAGAGUCAUGGAUGUCCCUCCGUUCUGGAAUUUUGUUCUGCCGCUGGAGACAAUCUGGACAGCUAUUCUCCGUUCGUCAUCCAGGUGGCCACCAUUUGUCUGGAAAUUGCUCUCGCCAGGCUCUGGAUCUCGCUGGGUAUUGUCCCUCAUUCAGUGGUUGGCCACAGCCUCGGAGAAUAUGCUGCUCUGAAUAUCGCGGGAGUUCUGUCGGAUUCGGAUACAAUCUAUCUCGUUGCCAGGAGAGCGCAGUUGCUGCAAGAGCGUUGUGAACGUGGCACUCAUGCCAUGCUUGCCGUUGGGGCCUCUCAAGCCACCGCUGCACAUCAUCUGAGAGGCAGGAAUUAUGAAAUCUCCUGCAUCAAUGGUCCUGAGGAUGUUGUCCUGAGCGGAAAAGUCGAAGAUAUUCGCGAGAUCCAGGCUACUCUGGCGAGCCUCAAGAUCAAAGCCACUCUGCUCUCAGUCCCAUAUGCUUUCCAUUCUUCUCAAGUGGACGUCAUUCUCGAUGACUUCGAAAAGUCGGCGAAAACGCUGAACUUCCGAAAGCCUACGAUCCCCGUGAUCUGCCCGUUGUCUGCGACUGUAGUUGAGGAUUCAGGCUUUUUUGGACCCAAGUAUCUCUCCGACCACUGCAGAAAGCCUGUUAAUAUGCUUGAGGCUCUUCGGGAGGCUUGGAAUUCUCGUGUUAUUAGCGAGAAGAGCCAAAUACUCGAGAUUGGGCCGCAGCCAUUCUUUACUCAAAUGGUGAAAUCUGUCCUCAACUCAUCCGUCACGACACUGCCAUGCCUCAAACGGAAACAAGAUACGUGGCCCAUUUGGGCGUCAACACUUUCAACCCUCUAUGCCGCAGGCGCAAACAUCAACUGGAUGGAAUAUCAUCGGGGAUUCGAAGCGUGCCAGCAAGUCAUUCAGCUCCCAACCUAUAACUGGGAUCUGAAGGACUACUGGAUACAAGGCCAGCAAGCAACCGUCUCGAACGCAAAGAUGCCUAUCGCGGGUCCAGAUCCAGUGCUGCCGAAGCUGGAAAGCCCGUCUAUACAAAGGGUGGUUGAAAAUACCAUCCAGAGGGGGAAGGGCUCGAUUGUUGUGGAGACUGACAUCGGCCACUCGGAUGUCUUUGCCAUUGCGCAAGGUCACCGAGUUGACAAUAUUCCCCUUUGCACGCCGUCCGUUUACGCCGAAAUUGCCCUUACUCUUGGCACCUAUAUCCUCGAGCGCUAUCUUCCGCAGAGGAAGAAUGACUCUCUGAUCGAUAUAUCGGAAUUGACAAUCAAAAAAGCUUUGGUUCCGAGAGGUAGAGGACAGACACAAGCGCUGCGGACAUGGGCAGAGGUCGAUUUGGGCAAGGGGAGUGUGUUCUGCCGAUUCACCAGUGUCGCCGGUCAAAAAACGGCAGAGCACAGCCAUUGCAUCAUUCAACUGCGGGACAAAUCCGAGUCCCUUAAAGAAGCGACGUCGAAGAUGGCUGCCGCCAAGUCCCGAAUGGCGGCUCUUCGCAAGGGCAUCGAAACGUGUCAGUCGUAUCGAUUCAACAAACCGAUGAUCUAUCGAAUGGUGGACAGCCUCGCCCAGUUCGAUCCCGAUUAUCGGGGACUCGAUGAAAUCAUCCUUGACAGUUCCGCAAUGGACGCCUCGAGUGUUGUCUGCUUUAGCUCUACGAAAAAGAAAGAAGAUGAUGGCAAUGGAAAUGGCAAAUUUAGUCUUCAUCCGGCCUUCAUCGAUGUUCUUUCCCAGUCGGCAGGAUUUGUGAUGAACGCGAAUGAAAACUCCAAUCUGGAACAAGAGGUGUUUGUCAAUCACGGCUGGUCGAGCUUUCAGUUGUAUGAACAGCUCUCGGAAGCCAAGAAGUAUACGACGUAUGUGAAGAUGACGGCUGCAGAAAACAAGGAAUGGCGCGGCGAUUUGAUCGUCUUGGAUGGAGAAAGGCCGGUGGCUAGCUACAAGGGUAUUACGAUGCAAGGUGUGCCCAGACAACUGCUGCGUAUGAUCUUGUCUCAGGAAAGGGACUCGCAAGGGGCAGGCCAUCAGCACAAAGAAUCAGUCGAGACAAAAUCAUCAUUGGGAUCAGUCAGUGUCAAUCUGGCCAACUCCAGGCCAGAACCUGAAUUCUUGAAGAAGAGUCACUCUCCGUCACCGAAAACAGACACUGUCGCUCAGUCUGUGCCGGUCGGGAGAGGUGAAUCGAAGCCUGCUGCUGUUGUUUCACCCAAUGUCACGACCAAGGCCAACAACGGAAUUCAGCAAAAGAAAACGCCAGCAGCUUCGGGGCUCAUCCAGCGUGCUCUGCAGAUUAUUUCCGAUGAGAGCGGAGUUGCCGUAUCAGAUCUGACCGAUCCAAGCGAAUUUGCAGAUCUGGGCAUCGACUCUCUCCUGACUCUGUUGAUCGCCAGCAGGCUGAGAGAGGAACUGGAUGUGGAAAUAGAAGCGGCUACUUUUGCCAAUCUCCCGACAAUCAAGCAUCUGAAGGAUUUCCUGGAGCAGCAGCAUUUUGAACGCGCCAGGCCCACUAGCAUGGGUGAACGAGAAAAUAUUGUCUUUGACAAGGAGGAAGAAGUCGUGCAGAGGCCAUUUCCAGAAGAAGAACAUUUCAGCGAGUUUGAUAAUCAUAAUGAUAAUAGUAAUCAUAGCCUACAGACUGAUGAUCAAACGAUAACGAUCGACCCAGAGACAGGGAACCAAAGCCAGAUGGAGCAGUCGUCAGUUGCUACAAGGGCUCUCGAGAUCAUUGCCGAAGAAAGCGGCCUUUCUGUGACGGAUUUAACAGACGAUGUUGAGUUUGCAAGCAUCGGGAUCGAUUCGCUGUUAUCCCUCAUGGUGGUUGCUCGAUGCCGGGAAGAGCUCUCGAUCGAGAUGAACGAUUCCUCGCUCCUCGGUUCUCUUCCGACGGUCCGAGACUUCAAGGAGUUUAUAUCGGGUGUUGCCAGCAACACGUUGCCAGGGUCUAAGGAUGAUGACCUGACAGUCACUUCUUCUGCCAGCAGUAGCAGCAGCAUGGCUGCUGCAUCAUCGACGACCUGGGAGGACUCAAGUGAAUUUCACUUCUCCCUCAAGAAAGAAGACGCAGUUUUUUCUGGCAGCCCAACAGUAGGCAGCGAGCAUGAGCACAAGCCGUCAUUAUCGUCAUUCUCAUUGAAGACGGUAGAGGAGCGCAAUGAUGUCAAAGGAUCGGUCCAAGUCAGACCUGCAACCUCGGUCAUUCUGCAAGGUCAGCCUCGAACAGCCGCGAAGACCCUUAUUCUCUUCCCCGACGGCUCCGGGUCGGCGACGUCCUAUGCGAACCUGCCGCGGGUACGAUCCGACCUGGCGAUCAUCGCGCUAAACUGUCCCUAUUAUCGGCACCCAGAGGAGAUGCACUGCAUUGAUCUGGACGAUCUCAUAGAGAGCUAUCUGACCGAACUGCGGCGCCGCCAGCCGUUUGGUCCAUACAACCUGGGCGGCUGGUCAUCUGGGGGCAUACUCGCCUAUCGGGCAGCCCAACGGCUGAUCCAAGAAGGCGAGGAGGUGGAUUCACUCGCGCUGAUCGACGCGCCGCCACCACUGGAAGGGUUAGACAAGCUUCCUCGACGAUGGUACGAUCACUGCGCGGCAGCGGGGAUCUUUGGCAGUUUUCUGCCUUCCGCGCCGGCGGAUAAAUCGUUGACAACAUUGGUCUCUCAUUUCGAAGCCAACAUGGAUGUGUUGCACACCUACCAUGCUGAGCCGCUCCCGGAGGGAUUCACGCCCAGGACGUCGAUUCUCUGGGCGGGCGAGUGCGUUUUCGAUGGGGUGCGAUUCCCCAAAUUCCCCCUUAGGCCUGGAGAUCCAGAGGGCAUCAAAUUCCUGGUCGAGCAGCGAUCGGAUUUCUCAGCGGGGGAUUGGGCGAAACUCUUCCCGGGAGAGCGCGUUGCGACGGAGGUCAUGGAGGGUGCCAAUCACUUCACCAUGAUGCACCGUGAGAACUCCGCUCGACUGGCAGCUUUUCUGGACAGGGCGACACGAUAA